GGAGACGCGUGUGAAAUCACCCAAAGUACUCGCACAAUGAACACCAAAUCCGGAAUCUGUCCUCAACGUCGACCGGUCCAAGCGCCUCGUCAUCGACGAUGUCGACGCCGCCGGAUUCCGAGUCGCCCCUCACGUCGUCAAUGACAACGGAGACCACGACUUCGUCCAAGCCCUCAACAUCCACCGAGAACUCUUCCCCUUCACGCCGCCCCGCACGCCCUAAUCAUGCAACACCUCCCCUCGCGCCACCGUCUACAAAGUCGACCGCGUACAACAAGUUCAUCCUCUACGAGAACCGGCUACGCUUCUACAUCGUCGCCUCCAAUGCUGCCGACUCCCGGCACCGCAUCAUUAAGAUCGACCGCACGACGCAGGAAGAGUUGAGCGUGGUCGAGGACGAGGCCGAGUACAGCGGCAAGCAGAUGACCGCCAUGCUCAAGAUGCUCGACGACGGUAACCGGAGCUCCGGUGGUCUUGGGCGCGGGCGCGUCUUCUUUGGCAUCGCUGGCUUCAUCCGCUUCACCGCGGGCUGGUACAUGGUGCUCGUGUCGAAGCGCUCCGUCGUGGCGCUCCUCGGAGGGCACUACAUCUACCACUGCGAGAACACGGACAUGAUCCCGGUCGCGUUCAACCACAAGAUCGAGAAGCCCGCAGAGGAGCAGCGCCUGAUCAACAUCUUCAAGCAGGUGGACCUGACGAAGAACUUCUACUUUAGCUAUACGUACGAUCUCACGUCUACGCUGCAGCACAACCUCACGACCUCAACACGCCCCAAUACGAGCCCCUGGCCGUUCCACGACCGCUUCGCCUGGAACUUCCAUAUGCUUAGCGCGCCCUUCCAGAACGGCGCCGCUGAUCCUGCAAAGGCACAUUGGCUACUUCCCUUUGUGCACGGGCAUGUAGAUCAAGCGAAACUCACCGUCCUCGGACGCGUCGUCUUCGUCACUCUCAUUGCACGCCGCUCGCGGCACUUCGCCGGUGCACGCUACCUCAAGCGUGGUGUGACAGAUGAGGGGAACGUCGCGAACGAGGUCGAGACUGAACAGAUCGUUUCCGAGGCUCUGACAACGGCCUUCUACUACCCUCCACCAAAGCACUCCACCUGCGAGCAUCAGCGCUGUCGGCAACCGAAUCCACACUACACCAGCUAUGUGCAGUAUCGCGGCAGUAUACCCAUCUACUGGACGCAGGAGCUCAGCAGUAUGACGGCGAAGCCGCCGAUUGAGAUCAACGUCGUCGACCCCUUCUACAGUGCCGCCGCCCGCCACUUCGACGACCUCUUCCGCCGAUAUGGUGCCCCCGUCAUGAUCCUCAACCUCAUCAAGCGACGCGAGCCGGUCCCUCGCGAGUCGAAGCUCCUCGACGAAUACACCGAAUGUGUAAAGUACCUCAAUCAGUUCUUACCAAGGGACAAGAAGAUGAUAUACCGCGCUUGGGAUAUGUCGAGGGCGUAUAAGGAAAAGACGCAGGACGUGAUCAGCUAUCUAGAAGACAUCGCGGAGGAGUCUAUUCAGAUGACCGGCUUCUUCCAUUCAGGCAGCGAACCGUAUGCACACCUGUUGAAGGGACAGAUCGACCUCGACCUCCAACCAUGGCGCUCGUCCAUUGCGCUACAGAAUGGGAUCUGCCGCACGAACUGCGUCGACUGUCUCGAUCGAACAAAUGCGGCGCAGUUCGUAUUCGGCAAACGCGCGCUGGGGCAUCAGCUCUAUGCGCUGGGUGUCGUGGACAACCCGAACCUGUCGUUCGACUCGGAUGCUGUCAACAUGCUGACAGAGAUGUAUCACGAUCAUGGUGAUACUAUCGCGUUACAGUAUACUGGCAGUGCGCUCGUGAACCGCGUCGAAACUUACCGUCGAAUGCCUCACUGGAAUUCGCACUCUCGGGACAUAAUCGAGAAUAUCCGGCGCUUCUACACUAAUUCCCUGCUCGAUGCGGACAAGCAGACCGCAAUCAACCUCUUCCUAGGCGUGCAGAGCGAGCGCGUCAUCACGAAGGCACCUGUACGCGGCGGCUACCGCUCUUGGUACCACAAAGAGUACCUCGAGCCCGCCUACGACCUCACCCGCUGCGAGCAAGCCCUCCACAACUUCGUCAACGAGCGCGGCGACUUCUGGAUCGAGUACUACCGCCCGCUCCUCUUCACCUCCCUCGGCAAGCACUUCGCGUAUUCUAUGAAUAGUACGCUCAAGCUCCCGGGCAAGACCGCGAAGGACAUGAAUCACUCCCCGUUCGAGGCGCACGGCCCGCAUGCGGGGAAGCGGCGGUCGAGCCAGCGGUUGGCGAGCCAGAGCCAUGCGGCGGCGGCGCAGGGGAAGGCGAAGCGCCCGAAGUCGGUGACGACGACGGAGACGGGGGAUGCGGGGGAUUAUCCGGCGGAUAGGACCACCGCGACGUUGGCGAGGCAUCAUCUGCAGCCAAGUGUGCCGUUGCGAGAGGUUGAGCAGUAUCAGGGAUACAUCGACCAGUGUCAAGAACUCAUGGAGAAUCCAACCGGACGAGGGGACAGACGCGACGUGGAUAUCUACGUCGCCGCCGUUCGCGCUGCCCACUGGGACGGACCUGACUCAUCUGAGGAGGUACCUCGCGAGUUCGUGUCGUAUGUUGAGCGCGGCUCGGCGGCGUACCUGCACAAUGCAUGCAGGAAGGAGUUUUUCCCUGUGAAGUAUGACUAUGAAAGGUUUCUGACGAGCGCGGGGAUCUGAGAGGACAAGGCGCGCUUGUUCUCUCCAUAUUUUCUCCGCGAUAAUAUGUACCUGGUUCAUGCACAUUGUACACUAUGCAAUUUUCGGAUCGAAUGCACCUGGAUAGCUUGCUGCUGUCUUCCAAGCGGCCGUCGUGCCCG